CGCCUGUUCCGACCCUAUAUCCCUUUACGGCAAUCGCGAAAGUGUCGUGAACGUGCUGCCGCGGAUCAGAGUCACCCAGUCGGCUGGAGGCGGAGGUGUCUUUCCAGGGUUGUGCGUUUGGGGGCCGGGGUAAAGACUAUCCACAAAAACCUAUAAAACAAGAUAAAUUAUACUCCCUAAAUUAAAAAAAGGCAAGAUCCAUGAGUGGGCAUCGGUCAACAAGGAGACGAUGUGGAGAUUCUCACCCGGAGUCCCCUCUGGGCUUCGGGCAUAUGAGUACUCCAGGGUGUGUAUUAAAUAAAUUGUUUCAGUUACCUACACCACCAUUGUCAAGACACCAACUUAAGCGGCUAGAAGAACACAGGUAUCAGAGUGCGGGACGGUCCCUGCUUGAGCCCUUAAUGCAAGGGUAUUGGGAAUGGCUAGUUGGAAGAGUUCCCUCCUGGAUUGCCCCAAAUCUCAUCACGAUCAUUGGAUUGUCAAUAAACAUCUGUACAACUGUUUUAUUAGUCUUCUACUGUCCUACAGCUACAGAGCAGGCACCUCUGUGGGCGUAUAUUGCUUGUGCAUGUGGCCUUUUCAUUUACCAGUCUUUGGAUGCUAUAGAUGGGAAACAGGCAAGAAGAACCAAUAGCAGUUCUCCUUUGGGAGAACUUUUUGAUCAUGGGUGUGAUUCACUAUCAACAGUUUUCGUGGUUCUUGGAACUUGUAUUGCAGUGCAACUAGGGACAAACCCUGACUGGAUGUUUUUUUGUUGUUUUGCUGGGACAUUCAUGUUCUAUUGUGCACAUUGGCAAACAUAUGUUUCUGGAACAUUGCGAUUUGGAAUAUUCGAUGUUACAGAGUCCCAGAUCAUAAUUAUAAUAUGCCAGCUUCUCACAGGAACCCUGGGUCCUUGGUUCUGGAACUUCACGAUUCCAGUGCUGAAUAUUCAAAUGAAAAUUUUUCCUGCGCUUUGUACUGUAGCAGGGACCAUAUUUUCCUGUACAAAUUACUUCCGUGUAAUCUUCACAGGUGGUGUUGGAAAAAAUGGAUCAACGAUAGCAGGAACAAGUGUCCUUUCUCCUUUUCUCCAUAUUGGAUCAGUAAUUACAUUAGCUGCAAUGAUCUACAAGAAAUCAGCAGUUCAGCUUUUUGAAAAGCAUCCCUGUCUUUAUAUAUUGACAUUUGGUUUUGUAUCUGCCAAAAUCACCAAUAAGCUUGUGGUGGCACACAUGACUAAAAGUGAAAUGCAUUUGCAUGACACAGCAUUCAUAGGUCCAGCACUUUUGUUUCUGGACCAAUAUUUUAACAGCUUUAUUGAUGAAUAUAUUGUACUUUGGAUAGCCCUGGUCUUCUCUUUCUUUGAUUUGAUUCGCUACUGUGUCAGUGUUUGCAAUCAGAUUGCGUCUCACCUGCACAUACAUGUCUUCAGAAUCAAGGUCUCUACAGCUCAUUCUAAUCAUCAUUAAUGAUGUAAUUGAUGUUAUAGGAAACUCAUGUUUUCUGCCCAAAAGAAUCUGAACAUAUUAAGGAGAAUGGGGUGAUUAAGAACAAAUAUAAUUUAUAAUAACCAAUGUUAUAUAUAACUUUUAUUCUUUGUUAUUGGUAACACUCCUUAACUAUCCCUGUGUGAGAAUGGGAAUUUCAAGUUCCAUCCCGUAAAUUGUACACGUUGUCAAACAGGGUUGGCCCAAGAAAGCAUGCAAGAAAAAAAUGCCAUGUGUUUGUAAUUAUCCUGGAUUCAUAGUAAAAUUGUCAUGGGGAGCAGAUCCCCAGUGGUGGAGAUUUCUAAUGUAGACUAUUUGCAGGCCAAAAGAUGGUUGCUUUAUAAUUUUAACAAAUCAUCAUCUUUUAGUGACGUCCUUGUUUAGUAUCUUCUCAAGCUUUCUUUACUGAGGAGCUCAGCUUGUGGCACAGAUAUAUCUUGUGAGGUGGAACCUAGUGAUAAAGAUCUUGAAUUUGGAUUGAAAGGUUUCCUAUCUUUACAUUAUUGAGGAAGUCAUUUUUUUUAUUGCUCAAGAAAUGGUAUCUCAUGGGCUUGGGAAAUCCUGUUAGCAUGCAUAAUAAUGUGGUAACUUUGUCGAUCCAUUUUAUUUUUUUAAAUAAAUAUAUGAUCUCAAAGCCAGUCUUCUUCUCAGUUUUAUUCAGUGGAAAGAUAAACUAAGUUUUAAUGUCGUUUUUAAAAUUUUUAAGCAAAAUUUAUUUCUAUUCUUUAAUAAAUGAGGAAAUUCAGUCAGCUACAUCAUCAUUAUGUGUCCUGUGACCUUUCUAUUUUGUAUAAAACUGUUUAACUUAAAACAGAGGAGUGCUAUGUUCAUUUUCCCUCUUGGUAGAUUUUUUUGGUUGUGGUUGUCACCCGUGAGAUUAUAAAUCUUUUUUUCCCUUUGAGAAAACAGAAUCAUAAUCUUAAAAGUCCAAAGGGGUUUAAUAGUCACCUGGUCUAGGAAUCUCAAACCCUUCCCCCAGAUUUUUAAUUAGAGAGGCUUGGGCCUCUCUAGGCAAUUAUUGAAAAUUUGCACUUUCCUUUUCUGGCUACUCAGUAUCUGUACAACAGUUUGAAAUGAAAACCAGGUGUCCUCAGUAACUAUAAACCAGAUCUGUUUCCAUUGUAUAUAGUUCAGUUGCUUGAAUGAAGAGGGAGACAAGGGGAAAGGUUUAAGCUAUUGACUAAAAUGAGGUAUCUUAUUAUUGAUUUUUAUUUAUACCCUGUUUCCAUAAUCAUGGAUACACAAUAGCUGUGCUGCCUUGCCUGGCAACCAGAACUCUUCCUUACACUUUUAAUGAUUUCAUCAAUUCCAUGUAAUCUUGAUUAGCAAUGACUGUGAAACCUUUCAUUUCUUUGCUAGAAUGUAGCAGGAAGGGGAAGUUUCUCACUGCCUUUGCUUGCUAGCAACUUCUCCAGCAUCUGGGGUAGAGAAAUACAUACAGGAAAAUGCUAGGGCGGAUCAAAUGUUGCAAGCUAGGACAAAGGAAAAAGAAGGAGGGGUAAUUAACUAAAGUUACGUCAUUGUCUUAUUAUAUUAGAUAGACAGAGCAAAUGUUAAUUACCUACAGUGGAAAUUGAGGUCUGGAGAAGCUAAAUGGCAUACCUGUGUCACAACAGUUACUCCUCUUCCAAAUGGGGACUAGAAUCCAGAUCUUCUGAAUCCUAAUCCAUUGUUCUCUCCUACACCACACUAGGUUUUAGUGGGCUGAAGCUACAAACUGAGAUUCUAGAAUCUUUUUCAGCGUAAAGGAAGUCUGGAAGACGUUCAGGUAUUUGGUGUGUGUUUCCUUCAGCUCUCGAUAACCAUCCGCAUCAUAUCAAG